AUUUAUGCUUCAUUUCUAAAGUAACUUCCCAAGGCACUGAUGAGCCAACUAAUGAAAAGAUCUGUGUCAUGUUCCAUGGGUCUACAACUAUUGCAGCUGGGAGCACCGUCCGUGGAAUUGGAAUUCGUCAGUCAAGAGAUGGCGUGCUAGGAAGAGCACUGGCCUUUAACUACAUAAAUGCCAUUAAUAGCAUUGGAGACUUAUGGGCAGAGGAGAGAUUCUGCAACUUUUAUGAAGAAACUCUUCAAGGAACUGAUAAACCAACCGAUGGAAAGAUCUAUGUCAUGUACCAUGGCACUACAUCUUCUAUAGCUGAGAGCAUCAUCAAGAAUGAAUUUCGUCAGUCAGAGGAUGGCAUGCUAGGAAGAGGCGUCUACGUUAGUAGAGAUAUAAGCAAAGCUCUACGUUACCCCUUGUUUAAUAAAGCAGACCAGGUUGUUUUGAAACUUAGGGUUAAUGUUGGGAAGGUUAUCAAAAUUGCCAGUAAACAUCACCCCCUGAAAAAGACAUGGCAUCAAUAUGGCUAUGAUACAGCAUGGGUACCCCCAAAUUGUGGUAUGAUUAACAGUGGCUUAGAGGAAGAUUGUGUUUGGGACCCCCAGAGGAUCAAGGUUGUGGAGCACAUCAAGCCGAGCCCUAGGUCCUGUAGUAAAGUAGGUGCUGAUCAGCCAACUGAUGGAAGGAUCUAUGUCAUGUACCAUGGUACUACAUCUUCUUACGCUGAGAGCAUCAUCAAGCAAGGAUUUAGUCAGUCAGCAGAUGGCAUGCUCGGAAGAGGUGUCUACGUUAGUAGAGCUAGAGACAAAGCUCUACGUUACCCGCUAGGAGAUAAAAGUGAUCAGGUUGUUUUGAAACUCAGGGUUAAUGUAGGGAACGUCAUAAAAAUUGACAGACAACGUCACCCUAUGCAAAAGACAUGGCAUGACCAUGGCUAUGAUACCGCAUGGGUGCCUCCAUAUUGUGGUAUGGUUAAAAGUGACUUGGAGGAAGAUUGUGUUUGGGAUCCCCAGAGGAUCAAGGUUGUUGGUAUAACCUGUGCCACUAAUCCAUAUGUACAGCAAUAUCUUCAAAAGUUGGUUCAACAGUAUGCAACAUCAAUGGACUUUUGGGCAGAGGAGAGGGCACCCAGCUUUCGUGAACAAAAUCUUAUUUCCGAUGAAAAGCCAACUGAUGGAAGGAUCUAUGUCAUGUAUCAUGGAACAACAUCUACUUCAGCUGACAAUAUCAUGAGAAAUGGAUUUAGUCAGUCAAAAGAUGGCAUGCUAGGACGAGGUGUCUACAUUAGUAGAGAUUUAAGAAAAGCUAAACGUUACCCCUUAAAUGAUAAAUCGGAUCAGGUUAUUUUGAAACUCAGGGUUAAUGUAGGCAGGGUAAAAAAAAUAAAUCGUCAAGGUCACCGUCUGCAAAAGACAUGGCAUGAUGAGGGCUAUGAUACAGCAUGGGUACCUCCAAAUUGUGGAAUGGUUCCGAGUGGCUUAGAGGAAGAUUGUGUUUGGGAUCCUAAGAGGAUCAAGGUUGUUAAAAAAAUUGUGACAAACGAUUCCACUGAACCGCAAGUAGAGCCAUAUUUUUGCAGGUUAGUUUAACUAAAUAAAAUAAAAGUGGAAUUUGAAUGGCUUCAUUUUGUAACUGUGUGCCAAUAAAAUGUAUCAUUCAGUUUGAA